AUGGAAGAGAGCCAAGAAUCGAAUUUCUCACUUUCCAAAUUCGACGCAAAUGAAGAUGGAUCUUUGAGCCAAUAUAUGUCAAUUAAUGAAUGUGAACGUGAAAUUCAAAUGUUGGAACGAGACAUCCGUCAACAGAAAGAGUCAAGUUCAAAUGCAAAGACUGCGAUAACAUUCGGUCAACUUCGGAAAAUACACUCUUUAUCCACUAUGCUGGGGCCUCAUAAGGAAUUAUUUUACGAAAGGAUAUGUCGGGCCGCCGAAAUUCAAAGGGCUUCUUUGAAAAAUCGACUGAAGUCUAAUAUAAAUAAAUUCGAGCCGAGCACUCCGUUAUCAUUCACCCAGGGCGGUUUUGACUCAUCUCAAAACUCGUUAUCAGCUUCGGAAAGUCAGAAUUUCGUAGUGACGCCCACUACUCUACAUAACCUUUUUAAUAACUCGAGGAAAAACCAGAUAGAAAUGCUGGCUCCGUUGGCAUCAGAAGAGGAGCUCAUGAGAUUUCCAGCUGAAAGACAAUUCGAUUUAAUGCAGAUCGGAUUCAGUUAUGAUGAAGUGAAACAGUUGUUGGAGAUGUUUGACAAAUAUAAAAAUGAUGUUCAGGAGAUUAAUAGACAUAACACUUUGACUCAGGUUCUCAAUCAAUUCUGCAACUACAUCUCAAUGUACGCUCCACCGAACCUGAAGUUGAUCUCAUCUGCUUUCAAUUUAUUGGAACUUGGAAAUCCUGCGAAUGAAGUGAAGAGAGUUCUUCUGAAAGCGCGUCGUCGUGAAGAUUCAGAAGAGUCAGACGUGGCUCCAUUUGUCAAGAAAUCGUGUCCUUCAUCACAAUCUCCUCGGUCUCCGAAUAGAGAUGAGCUACUCUUGGGUCUAGAUCGAUCCCCUCCGAGUGAUGAUGGAACUCAGAAAGUUUAA